AUGUAUCGUUAUAUGCUAUGUAUCUCUGCUCGUUAUGGCCCGCCGACGGAGCUCCAUAGCGCCCAUUACACGCUGCUCUCGGCCGACCUGCGCCGGCCGCUCGUCGCGAAGCUCGGCGCGUCUGCUCCGGUCCUGCGCGCCUCUGCCCCCACCCUCAUCCUCGCCGAGCUCGCACCUCUUCAAACCAUCCAUCAUCCCAAUCCUCCAGCUACUCCCCACCCCAUGGCCCCUUUCCCCCACUGCUGCCGCUUGGCUGCUCAUCCCCCCUCCUCAUUCCAUGCGCAUUCCGGCCAGUUCUUUGAUCCCAAUCUCAAGGCCAAAAGACUGCUGCCUGAUUCUCUGACCAAGGCUGGUGAGGAUGAGCAUCUGAACGGCGGCCAAAGUGGGCCGGGCGCAAUGUGGCAACUGGUGACCAAUUAUCCCACCAUCCAGCCACCCCAACACCGCCCAACCACCCCAAAACCGCCCAACCACCCCAAGACCGCCCCACCACCCCACCGGCCAGCAAUUUACAUUGUUGAGUUUGGGCGCUCAGAGCAAUAG